UUGCGUACUUGCGUUAAACAGAAAUUAUGCCACAAAAAUAAAAGUAUAAGAAAUUGUUGAUCCACAGAGAGAUAUGACGGGUUGACAAACCAGAACAAUGAGCUCAAGUUUCGUCUUCAAGCUAUGGAGCAGCAAGCUCAGCUUCGCGAUGCUUUGAAUGAAGCACUUAGUGGGGAAGUCCAGAGACUGAAACUAGCAAUUGGUGAGACCAGCCACAACGAAGCUGGUAGAUCAAAGAUGCAAUCACUCAACGCCGAGAUGUUCCAGCAACUCAACAUCAGCCAGUUAACACAGCAGCCACAGCCACAGUCUCAGCAGAACCAGAAUGGAACCAUGUCACCAAAACCUGAAUCAAAUGAAUUAUAGUGCAGAUAAGUUGUUGACUUGGUGGCUGGAUCAAAGGGAUUUGGAGUCUUUAGUUUUCACGUUACAUAUCAUCAAUCAAACAUUAUAAUUUUAUUUAUCUGUGCAGUCUGUUGGAAUUAUAUAUAUCAUAUUAUAUGGCGCAAGUUCAGAAAGAUAGUGAAAACGAUUCAAUGCAUGGUAGACAGAAUAUGGUUGUAAUGGAGGCUCAAGGGGUUUGAGUUUCAGACAAAGAGAUUCUCUGUUUGUUUUAUGAGUGGUUUGGGUUCUGUCUCUGGUUGUU